AUGGAUAGUUAUGGUUACCCCUAUCCACCACCGUUUCCAUCGAUGCGACCGCCUGAAGAAUACCCUGAUCAUGGAGAUGGUUUCGGUGACUAUUAUGGACAACCUGCUUUGAAUGAUGGUCGGGAUAAAGGGAGACAUAGUCGAUUGAAACAACGAAAACGUAAAACGAGGGAGUCCAAACAUUCAAGAUCUCGAAGUGGCAGUGCAAGAAGAUCUCGUUCAAGAUCCAGAUCUCAUUCCAGAACGCGGUCAAAGUCAAGAUCUCGGUCCAGGUCGCGAUCCCGAUCUAAAUCUAGGUCCCGAUCCCGAUCCCGCACACGAUCACGAAGUCGCAGCCGCUCACAAUCUGGCACACGUAACCGUGAGCUGAACUACAAGGAGCCAGGGUUUCUAGAUGCCUUUAGAGUUUUAUAUUUGACCCCAAGCAGGAGCCGAAAGAACCCAUCAAAAUUCUUGGCGACGAGAAAGCGCCACGACCGUAUCGAGGAGAUUCUUAAGAGCGAUGGUUUAGGAUCCAAGCGGUGGCUGUUCUACCCGAGGUCGAGAAACAGGAGUGAGCCCAUUGUCGAUGCUGUCGCAGGAACCAGGGAUAAUGUUGAUCAAAGAGUCAAGGUCGAUGCAGACUUCUUCAGGAAAUACAAGAAGAGUAGGAAGGUUGACAAUGACGCGCCCAUUGCAAAGCUGAAGCGAUGGGAACUGAUAUUAUAUAAGAAGCUAGGGUUUAUACAAGCUGUUUAA